AUGGUAGAUAAAUCGGCCCAUUCAGGCCUUGGAAAAUCUCUCAGCAAGAUUAAAACUUCGCUUUCAAACCGAUUUAAGAAACCGGAAUCCUUGGGAAAUCCUAACCCUAAGACUUAUAAAAGUGGAUUUGAUAUUACGGAGUCGGAAAUUCUAACUAAAUCAAACAACGCUUUUAUUGGUUCUGGCAACAACAUCGAGCACCAAAGCGGGUCAUCUUCGAUUUUACCUACAUUCGAAAAUUUGAGGCUAAAAUCUAACUAUGAAUCACAUAACUCAUAUAAUAUGGAAAACUUGGAAAAAGAUGAACUUGAUCGAAUUUGCAAUGACUAUAAAGAUAAAUACGGAACUGAUUUCCUUGAUGUUGGACUUCAGACCUACAUUGAGGCUGUGAUAGAUACUAAAAAUUUUCGAAAUCGUUGUUACCAAAUUUUAUCUAAAAAACUAAACUAUUUGAACAAGUAUAAUAAUAGAAUUAUGCCCUUAAAUCAUCGCAAUGACUCUCAAUCAAACACUCCAAUUAACAAUUUAUUCCCAAAACUUUAUCAGAGUUCUGAGACUGAUUCUGUUAAGGAUGUUUUUCAAACACAUAAUAUUUCCAGCUGUUCCAUACACAAGAGCACUCAACAUGGUACCUACUCAGAUGUUAAUUUACACUCUAGGGAUCGAACUAAUUCUCUAGAUAAGCCUGAAUCAGUUUAUCACAGCGCUAAUCCUUUGGGUAAUGUAUCUGAUUUUUCUGAGAAGUGUUCUUAUGAUAAUUUACUGACUCCUCAGAAAGUGUACAAUAGCAACAAUGAUCUUAGUAGCUUUAUAAACAAGUACAAUUAUUUAAAUUCCAGCUCCACCAAGAAGCUUUACGUUGGAGGCAACAGUGACAGCUGCCGAUUUGACGAUGAAAACUCUGAAAUUGAUACCGAUCACGCCAUUUUAAGUUAUAAUCAGAAGCUUGAAUUGUUGAAGAGGAUGGGCAUUGGAAACGACUACAUUGCUAACAAGCUUUGUGACAAGUUUGACAGUACAUUUAACAGCAAUGAGUUGAAGGAUAUUAAGGAGUUUAAUUUGUUCUAUAAACAAAAUUUAAAGCAUCAAUUGGACUUGAAUCAGCAGCUAUCUUUAGAUUUUUUACAAUAA